UUAAGGGCCUGCAGUGAGAAAAAUGCAGGAUUUUGACCAAGCAGUGAAUGAUGCCAUUAAAACAGUCAAAGCCACUCACAAAACCCACAUGAAGAACAAGUAUAAGCACUUAUUUGAGGGAAUCAAACGACAAGAGAAUCGAACCUUCCUGAACAGGAUCUACACACAACUCUACAUCAUAGAAGGAGAGAGAGAAGGGGUGAAUAUAGAACAUGAGGUUUUACAGAUGGAGACAAGAGCCAGAACACAAGACACUCCAAUCUACUGCAAUGACAUCUUUAAACCCUCAACUAAACCUGGAUGUGAGGAGGAAAACAAAAUAAAGACUGUUCUUACUAAAGGCAUCGCUGGAAUUGGAAAAACUGUCUCUGUGCAGAAGUUCAUUCUGGACUGGGCUGAGGAAAAAGCAAAUCAUGAUGUAGAUUUCAUGUUUGUGCUUCCAUUUCGAGAGCUGAACUUAGUUAAAGAUGAUCAGUACAAUCUUCAUAAACUUCUGCUGGACUUUUAUCCUGAACUUCAAGAUCUGCCCUCAAACAUUUAUGAAGAAUGUAAAGUUGUGUUCAUCUUUGAUGGUCUGGAUGAAAGCAGUUUAACACUUAUGUUGUCAGAAGCUCAAAAAGUUUCUGAUGUGACUGAGACUUCAUCAGUGGGUGUGUUAUUGUCAAACCUCAUGAGAGGAGAUCUGCUUCCCUCUGCUCUCAUCUGGAUCACCUCAAGACCAGCAGCAGCCAGUCAGAUCCCUUCAGAAUACAUCAACCGUCUGACAGAAAUUCAGGGAUUUAAUGACUCUCAGAUGGAGGAAUAUAUCAGGAAGAGAAUCAGUGAUGAGCAUCAAGCCAGCAAAAUCAUCUCACACAUCAGAAAAUCAAAAAGCCUCCACACCAUGUGUCACAUACCUGUCUUUUGCUGGGUCUCAUCUACUGUUCUUCAAGAUAUCAAUGCAGAAAUCCCUCAAACUCUGACUGAAAUGUACAUCCACUUCCUGCUUAUUCAGAUCAACAUGAAGAAUCAGAAAUAUGAAGAGGGCGAUCCAGAGAAACUGCAGUUCAACAUAGAAGUGAUUGUGAAACUUGCUGAAUUGGCUUACAAUCAGCUGAUGAAGGGCAAUGUGAUGUUCUAUGAGGAGGACCUGGUUGAGAGCGGCAUAGACGUCACUGAAGCAUCAGUGUAUUCUGGGAUUUGUACUGAGAUCUUUAUGGAGGAAUCUGUGAUUCGUCAGAAGAAAGUCUACAGCUUCAUUCAUCUCAGCUUUCAGGAGUUUCUGGCAGCUUUCUAUGUGUUUUAUUGCCACAUACACAAUAACAAGGAAGUACUAAAGUCAUUUUACAAAUCUGAGCAAUUGUGUUUGUUCAAGCUGCUUAAAGCCGCAACUGAUAAAUCAUUGCAGACUGGACGCUUGGAUCUCUUCCUGCGAUUUUUGCUGGGCAUCUCACUGGAGUCCAAUCAGGAACGUUUACAGGAUUUUCUGACACACACAGAGAUGAACUUAGACACCAUCAGAGAAAUCACAAAGUAUAUUAAAAGUAAAAUUAGUGGUGGUGAACAACUCUCAGCCGAUAAAUCCAUCAAUUAUUUCCUCUGUCUGCUGGAAGUGAAUGAUCAGACUCUCUACAGGGAGAUUCAGGAGUGUAUGAAUUCAGACAAACUCUCAUGGAAAUCACUCUCUCCUGCUCAGUGCUCAGCAAUAGCCUACAUGAUUCAGAUGUCAGAUGAGGUGCUGGAUGAACUGAACCCCAUUAAAAUCACCAUAUCAAAUGAAAGCAGAAGGAGACUGAUACCAGCUGUGAGGAACUGCAGAAAAGCCCUAUUCUCAGGAUGUGAACUCACUGAUCAGUGUUGUGAAAGUGUGGCUACAGCUCUACAAUUAAAUUCCUUAUUGCGAGAGCUGGACCUGAGCAACAGUGACUUGAAAGAUUCAGGAGGAAAGCUGCUCUUUGAUGCACUGAAGAGUCCAAAAUGCCAACUGGAGAAGUUGAGAUUGUCCAACUGUAAUUUCACUGAUCAGUGUUGUGAAAGUCUGGCUUUAGCUCUUCAAUCAUCAAACACCCGUCUGAAGGAGCUAGACCUGAGUAACAAUAACUUGAAAGAUUCAGGAGUGAUGUUGCUCUCUGAUGCAUUGAAGAUUCCAAACUGCCAACUGGAGAAGCUGGGAUUAUCUGGCUGUAUGGUGACAAAAAAAGGCUGCUUGCAUCUGGCUUCAGCUCUGAGUUUAAACUUCUCCCAUUUGAGAGAGCUGGAUCUGAGCUACAAUCACCCUGGAGAUUCAGUGUUCAUUACUAGAAAGGAGGAUCCAAACUGCAAACUGGAAAAACUUUGUCUGGAUCAUGGAGGAGAGAACAUGAUUAAAGCAGGACUACAAAAAUAUUUCUGUUCUCUCACACUGGAUCCGAACACGACUCACAAUAAUCUCGAGCUUUUAGAGGGCAACAGAAAGUUGGCACGCGCUAAAACAAUGUCAUAUCCUGAUCGUCCAGAGAGGUUUGAUGGGCUUCAGCAGGUUCUGUGUAAAGAGCGUCUGUCUGGACGCUGUUACUGGGAGGCUGAAUGGAGCGGGUUGGGUGAUAUGGUGGUGUCAUAUGAAGGAAUCGGUAGGAAAGGAAAAGGUCCUGAGACCAGGUUUGGAGCCAAUAAAAAAUCCUGGAUUCUGAGCUGCUUUGAAGAGAAACUGAUUGCCUGGCAUGAUUAUAACGGAGCACACAUUCCUCCCCCAGCACCUCCCUUAAACAAAGUAGCAGUGUAUUUGGACGAGCCGGCCGGCAUUCUGUCCUUCUACAGCAUCUCUGACACAAACAAACUCAGACACUUGUACACAUUCAACACCACAUUCACUGAACCCCUCUAUGCUGGAUUUGUGCUUUAUACCGCUUCAGUGUCUCUGUGUGAUGUUAAACAACAGGAUGAAUAAUUACAAGAUAUACAGUGGCGGCAAAAAGUAUUUACUCUUACGAGACUAUUAAUAAUGUCAAAACAAGUGCCCUUUAUUUUAAAGAAUUUUUGUAGAAAUAUACAUUUCACAGAAAGAGGUUUGUU